AAGGUGAAUGGUGAUGAAAAGAAAGAGACUCCUAUGGAAGUUGAUGAAACUGACAACACAAAAGAACAGACAGAGAAACCCGAGACAGAAGCAGAAACAGAGACAAAAUCAGCAGACGAACAAACGGAUACAGACCAAGCUGAGCAGGAGACCACACAGGCGGACUCCAAGCCAGAGACCACGGACACAUCCAGCCAAGGUACCACGGACAGUGAAACCAUCCCCGAACAAGAAAAAACCGACGUCGACAUGGACCGGACCGAGGUCAACGGGACCCCAGAAGUCGUUGAACCCAAGACAGUCGAGGUCAUACCCACAACAAACCCCCUAACGACCACAGCGUGAUGGUAAAUGUUGGCGUAACCGUUGGACAGUACAUUGUUGGUUUAUUCGUUGGUUGCUGGCAGGCGUUCUCAAACAUAUCCUGGUCUUUGUGACUUAAUUACUGUUAAAAUAGCUUCGAGUACUUUCCCCUGGCGUAGUAAAAGUUUGGGUAAUAUCAAAAUAUUUCGUAGUUAAGACGCGUUGCCUUGAAAUUACUCAAGCAUUUAGUAUCGUCAAGUGAGUGCUUACAACUAACUAUAUUCAAAAUCGACAAUGAGUAAAAAGUCGCUCGUAAAUCAUGCUGUCCUUGUUUCUCUUAAGCCAGAGCGAUAAAGACAGCAUGACAUAGACGGUGACUUGCUUAUGUAGUUCUUGAAUAUAGAAGCUUUUUAACAGAUAAAGAUCGUACAUGGGUGUAAGGAAAUCUUGUGAUCUAGAAUAAUACUUAUGUAUUAAUUAAGUCAAGGAUUUGAUUAUUUCAAUGUUAGUUUUCUUUUUUUAACCCUAACACCCGUCAGUCUACAUGCAUUUUUUGUUUAUCGCUAUAUUUAUUUUAUAUAUUUCUUAAUAAUAUUAGGUAGACUAAAUAAAGCCGCCUUUACACGUUUUUGAAGCUGUGUUAUAUAAACUUGGUUGAAUGACUUACAAGAUCAUUUUGAGACACAUCAUUGUCUCCUAUUUGUAUCUAUUCUAUCACUUUAAGAUGACGGAUAGAGUUUAUUUACAUCACAAAGUUAAGUUUGAUUUUAGUAAGCACCGGUAAACCCUAUGAUAUAGCAUUAAUUCUUGAAAUCUAAGAUAUAUCUAGAUAAAUGCAUGUUCAAAGCAUUUACCAAGACUUGUGGUCAAAAAAAGCCAUAAGUUGCCUAUAGCAUACUAUGCCGUAAUUAUGUGUGAAUCAUCCUAUAGGCGGCCUAGGGUACUAGAUUGUUUAUAGCCAUAAGUUUAUAUAACACAGCCAAAGCCCGUAGUUUUGGAUUUAGCAUACACUAGCAUUGUUUGUGCCUUUCAUCUCUUUUGAGAUAAACCACUUGAAUGUGGUUGUAACCAUCAAAAUAUUUGGUAAAUAAAUGCAAAGAAAAUUAUUUCUAGUACAUAUAAGCUUUUAACGUGGUACAAGGCAUUUGACUGGUCUGUCUAAGUUCUGAGCUAGUUUUAAACCACUUUAGAAAGGAGGUUCUUAGUCUCCAAGGGUACAAGACACUUACUACCGUUGUAUUCACAAACUGCACUUAAUUAAAAGUCUCUCUUUGUGUCACGCAGUCUCUGUAUCUGAAAAGAAAAUACACACUUAAGAAUAUGUCGUAAAUAAUGUGAUUGUUGUUAAAUAUUACUUUAGCAUUUAUUUUAGCUGAAAGAACCUGUCUCUACGUAGUUUGAUGGGGUAACUCUUAGCUGAAGUAUUUGCUAAGUAUCAUUUACCUACAACAUAUGAAAUUCACUCAAUCUGUCAGCUCAGUCUUAGUUUGUCAACAAUAAUCUUAGUUUCGUCUGUCAUUUAACCCCAACGUAUAAAUUGACUGAAGUACCAUUUUGGUACUUUUUGACACUAGAGUAUCGGAUGGUACCAACACUAAUGUACUGAUUUGUUCGUAUUGUUGUAUAAUAAAUACAAUGUAUUCGUUGCAAUGAUAUGGAUAUAUAUUCGAAGUUGAUCUGUUAUAAAUGUUUACCCGACUGCUUCAAAAGGAGGGUAAUGUUUUGCCUUAUGUAAUGUACUUGACGUGAAACGGGAGUUUCAGAGGGAAUACUCUUCAACAGUGGUCGUACGGUUGUGUUAUUAUUAAUUUAAUAUUAUGUUUGAUUAAUAAAGAUAAAAAUAUAAAGUAAUAUUUCUUUUCUCCUUUACCUAAAAUCACUUAGUUUUUAAUAGUCCUUACAUGUAUUUUAAAAACUCUUGCCUUACUUUACAAUGGUUUAAAAUAAUCUGAAUAGAGUAAUAUAUAUAUAGAUAACCGUUGAAUACAUUACAUAAGGGAUUCACUCCAAUAAUGAUAGUUGAAGAUCCGUUGUACAAUUAAAUAUUAAAAGUUUAAGGCGAUAUCAAAUUACAGCACCAAUAACUUAUAGUAAGGUUUACAAAUAAAACAUGUCACUACACAGUACCAUUCGUUACAAAUUCAACUUCGAAUAAAGCAACGGUUACUGUUUGAGAGUCGUUUCAGAACGUUUGAUAUUCUUGGUUUUGAUCGUAUCAAGCAAGGAAUUUGUCUAGAAAAAACUAGAAUUUAAAUUAUAGACAUCAAAAACGUCGUUUAGUGUAAAGUUGAUUUAAGCUGUCGCUACGCAACAAGGAGUGUGAGACACCCGUUGGCGGCCGCAAUUGUCUUAAAUUGAUGCAUAAUUAUAUUUAUCACAGUACGGAAUGAUAAAUUACUUUAAGUUUUUAGUUUAAAUUAUUCGCUCAUGACUGAAGAAGCAACAAGGCAGAGCACAAAUGUUUUGGUUUAAAUUGACCCUCAAAUUCUAUAUUAUUACAAUGGGGACUGGGAGAUAUGCUUGCAUACGAACAAAACAGGUAUCAGAACGCAAACUCUCGUCUGCGAUGUAAAAUAGUAUCCUUUCAGCGAUUUGCGUCGCCUUAAAAUAGUGUUGAGGUUGCUAGAUAUUAAAAUAUUUGAUAUAAAUAAAUAAUUAUAAGCGAAUUGUCGAUUGUUGUAUUCGUGUCCUUAGACUGGUACAAAAUAACAAUAUUUCGGGAGAAUAGAUAAGUAUUGUAGUAACAGAAAUCAUUAAGUAAACGUUAUGUUGAAAAAGUUUUUUUUUUAUUAUUUUAUAGUAACGUUUUUCGUGCAUGAUUCUAAAAGUACAAAUGUACUGGUUCUUUCACACGACGCUAUAUUUCUUAAUUGUUAAAAUAAAGAUGAAUUAUAAUGUAUUGUGUUUUCCUAAUAAAAUAGUAGUGUAAGA